CUUUAUUCAUGAAUCAACUAACUAUCAUGCAUGUCGCGCACAAUAUAUAUAAUCCUAAGUUCAUUAUCCAUGAGUGCAUAUAUAUACGUGUACGCAAUUAUUCCAAAGCAAUAACCAACAAUGGCCUACUUUAAGUUGCUUGCUGCUUUGGGUCUCUUCAUCGCAACUUCAUUGAUGUUAGGGAUUGCAAGUGGUUCAUGUAAUGGGCGUGAUGUGUGUUCACCGUUUGAGAUGCCACCAUGCGGGGAUUCUACCAACUGUCGUUGCAUCCCUUGGGGGCUGGUUGCUGGUCAGUGCACAACCCCUCGACUUCCGUCUGUUGCUAAGAGGAUCCAAGACCAUCCAAACCUCUGCCACUCCGAUCAAGAAUGCUUCCAAAAGGGAAGCGGUGAUUUCUGUGCUCCUUACCCUAAUCCUCACAUCCACUAUGGCUGGUGCAUCAACUCCUCUUACACUAAUAAUUAUCACAAAAUGGUUUUCUCAAGAUGAUGACUACCACAAUAUAACUAAGUCGCCCCAGGACUAACUACGUACAAUUAUAUAUAGGAGAAUUCUAUGGUACCUCUUCAAAUUUGGAGUGUACCAUACAUUUGCCUUUCUCACCCAAUAACAUUCCAAGUCAAUUCAUUAAUGACACUAUUUCAUGUGCCACUAUUUCCAUGUGUCAAUAUUUCAUUUGCCCACACAAUGAGAUGCACCAUACCUUCCAAAUUUUCAAAGGCACCAUAGCAUGAUCCUUAUAUAUAUAUAUAUAUAUGUUAUAAUAAUAACAAUAAUAAUAAUACUACGUAGUAGUAGUACUAGUCCAAUUACAUCUUAUAUAUAUACGUAGUAUAUAUAUGUAUUGGACAUCCACUAACUAGCUAGCUAGCUAGGUGUAAUACUCUAAGUUAAUAAAUGGAAUUACCUAUCAAUGAUCCGGGC